ACGCAAUUUCCAUAUCUUUCUUGAUUUAGAGAAAGCCUAUGACCGUGUCCCCAUUUCCCGUCUCCUGGAUAAACUUAUCCUCCGCGACACUCCCACCGCACUAAUUCAACUUGUCGACUCUCUCUUCUCCUCUUGCUUUUCCCAAAUGAUUGUCAACCAAUCUGUUGGCCCUCUAUUGUCUCGCUCUGUAGGCCUCUUUCAAGGCAGCCUUCUCAGCCCAUGGCUGUUCAAUGUCUAUAUCAACGACCUUGCCGAAAAAAUCGCUCGCAUCGACUUCCAUCCCUUCAUUCCUCCUCUCCUCCUCUUUUCCGACGACAUCUUACUCCGAACCCUCCACUCCUUCCAUCGCCAAACGUAUGCUAUCCAUUGUCCAAACCUGGAUUGUUCACAAUGGUAUCAAUGUCAAUGUCAAUGUCAACAAAUCGGCCAUUAUUGACACCCCCUCCUCUCGCACUCUUAAACUGGCACUGAACGCUGUCCUAUCGUUACUUCCUGUGAUUACCUUGGCAUCCCCUUAACAGCCAAUGGUCUUAAUCAUCUCUCUUAUAAUAAAUGCUAAGAAGUGAUAGUAGUCAUCGCUAUUUAUUACCCA